AUAUUAAAGUUGAGUCAGAGCUUUUUAAUCAACACCAUCGUCAUCGGGAAGGAAAGGGCAGGGCUGCUCUGGCUCUGGGCUCUGGCUCUGGCUCUGGCGUCUUCUCCUUUUGCUUCUCGCUAUCUUUCGCUGCCGCCGCUGCUGCUGCUCUCCGUCAUUUAUUUUAUAUAUAUUGAGGAGAUCUCCUUCUUCCGGAGAUUGAUUACUUUCACUUUUCUAUGUCUAAGCCCAUCUCCUCUGCCAAACCCAACAAGCGCUCUAAUCCCCCCUAUUCCUCCUCCGCCGCCGAAGCCUCCAAUUUCUCGGCCAUGAAAAAGGCCAAGUCACACGCUGUCGCGUGCUCACACGAUCCCAACAAGAACAGCCAUCACCAGAUUCCUCAUCCUCAUGUCCGCUCUGCCGAGCCCUCCAUGAUCGAAGACGAUCCCACCGACGGCUCCCCUCCCCCUACCGCUUUUGGUCGCUCCGCUAUCGCUGCUGCCGCUGGAGGAGUCACCGCUAAUUUGUCUCGGAAGAAGGCAACGCCUCCCCAGCCUACUAAAAAACUUGUAAUUAAGCUCGUUAAAGCUAAACCAACCUUGCCAAGUAAUUUUGAGGAAAAUAGAUGGACAAAACUCAAGUCUGCUAUUCGUGCUAUUUUUUUGAAGAAACCUGAUCCAUGUGACUUGGAGAAACUCUAUCAGGUUGUCAAUGACCUUUGCCUGCAUAAAAUGGGUGGAAGUCUUUAUCAACGAAUUGAAAAGGAGUGUGAAUCCUACAUAUCUGAUUCAAUAGAAUCUUUGGUUGGCCAGAGCGAAGAUCUGGUAGCGUUCUUGUCACUUGUUGAGAAGUGCUGGCAAGAUUUUUGUGACCAAAUGUUGAUGAUUCGGGGUAUAGCAUUAUAUCUUGAUAGAACAUAUGUAAAGCAAACACCAAACGUGUGCUCAUUGUGGGACAUGGGGUUGCAGCUUUUCUGUAAACAUCUUUCCCUUUCUUCAGAAGUGGAGCGCAAAACUGUCUUUGGCCUUCUGAAAAUGAUUGAGAAUGAGAGACUAGGUGAAGCCGUUGAUAGGACACUUCUUAAUCAUAUUUUUAAGAUGUUCACUGCGCUGGGAAUUUACCAAGAAAGCUUUGAGAAAGAAUUCCUUGAAGGUACAUCUGAAUUUUAUGGAGCUGAAGGAGUUGAAUAUAUGCAACAGGCAGAUGUACCUGACUAUCUGAGGCAUGUAGAGAUGAGGUUACAAGAAGAAAAUGAGAGGUGUUUACUCUACUUGGAUGCAAGCACAAGAAAGCGCCUGGUAGCCACUGCUGAAAGGCAACUUCUUGAGCGGCAUUUAUCUGCAAUUUUGGAUAAGGGUUUCAUGAUGCUGAUGGAUGGAAAGCGCAUUGAAGACUUACAAAGAAUUCAUAUGCUCUUUUCAAGAGUCAAUGCCCUUGAGACUUUAAGGCAAUCACUUAGUCAGUACAUCAAAAAAACAGGCCACAGUAUUGUUAUGGAUGAAGAAAAAGACAAAGAUAUGCUGUCCAGCUUAUUAGAAUUUAAAGUAAAUUUUGAUAGAAUAUGGGAUGAAAGCUUUUUAAAAAUCGAAGCAUUUAGCAAUACCAUCAAGGAUGCAUUUGAGCAUCUCAUCAAUAUUCGCCAGAACCGCCCUGCUGAACUGAUUGCCAAGUUUCUGGAUGAGAAGCUUCGUGCUGGAAAUAAGGGUACCUCAGAGGAGGAAUUGGAGGGUACACUUGACAAAGUGCUUGUUUUGUUCAGAUUUAUACAGGCAAAAGAUGUGUUUGAAGCAUUUUAUAAGAAAGAUCUUGCUAAAAGGCUGUUAUUGGGGAAAAGUGCAUCUAUUGAUGCUGAGAAGUCAAUGAUUGCUAAGUUAAAAACUGAGUGUGGCAGUCAAUUUACUAACAAACUCGAAGGAAUGUUCAAGGACAUUGAACUGUCAAAAGAGAUUAAUGAAUCUUUCAAGCAAUCAUCCCAAGCAAAACAUUGAACAAAACUUCCUUCUGGUAUUGAGAUGAGUGUGCAUGUUUUAACAACUGGGUAUUGGCCAACCUAUCCUCCCAUGGAUGUUCGGUUACCCCAUGAACUCAAUGUGUAUCAGGAUAUUUUCAAGGAGUUUUACCUAAGCAAAUACAGUGGAAGGCGACUAAUGUGGCAAAAUUCGUUGGGCCAUUGUGUGCUGAAAGCAGACUUUGCAAAAGGUAAAAAGGAGCUGGCGGUGUCAUUAUUCCAGACUGUUGUGUUAAUGCUGUUCAAUGAUGUACAAAAGCUCAGGUUUCAAGAUAUCAAAGAAUCUACAGGUGUAGAGGUUAAAGAGCUGAGGAGGACUUUGCAAUCCCUUGCAUGUGGCAAAUUCCGUGUCCUUCAGAAGAUUCCAAAAGGCAGAGAUGUGGAAGAUGAUGACUUGUUUGUUUUUAAUGAUCAAUUCACUGCACCACUUUAUCGUAUAAAGGUAAAUGCAAUUCAGAUGAAGGAAACCGUAGAGGAAAAUGCCAGUACCACGGAGAGGGUAUUCCAAGACCGACAAUAUCAGGUGGACGCUGCAAUUGUCUGCAUAAUGAAGACAAGGAAAAUACUGAGUCACACUUUAUUAAUUACAGAACUCUUUCAGCAGCUCAAGUUUCCUAUAAAACCAGCAGACCUAAAGAAAAGGAUUGAGAGCCUAAUAGACCGUGAGUACCUGGAGCGCGACAAGGGUAACCCGCAAGUAUACAACUAUCUGGCAUGAGAAGGGUGGUGUGGGUCAGUCGUAACAAGAAGUUCAAGUAAGUGCAAGAAGUUUGCAUGGGAAAGAGGAGGAGGAAGCUGGCUGGCAUAGGCUUUGGUUUUGUGUACAGAAGGAAGGAAGGAAGUCCCUCAACAGCUGGUGGUUUGUGUUUUUAAUGUAUUAUUUGGUGUAGCUGUAAAGACUCCUUAUUACCCUCGCAUUCUCUCUGUUGUUAUACAUACAUACAUACAUGCAUGCCUGCCUGUCCGCAUAGUGAAACACAACUAUAGCGCCUAUAGGGGAAAUGAAUGAAGGAAGGCUCUUGCUCUUGC